GGCAUAAUAACAAGAAGCGGCUUUGCCGACAAUUUAGCGCUUGGCUCCGGGAAAAACGUGUAAAACAUUUAAUUUACCAACCAGACUGCGCGAAAAGCGAAAUAGACACAAACAGCAAUGGCUUUGGUUUGCGCACUGACAAACGAAGUCCCCGAGACGCCCGUGGUUUCCCCGCAUUCGGGGGCCGUUUUCGAGAAGCGGGUGAUUGAGAAGUACCUCCUCGAGAACGGCUGCGAUCCGAUCAGCGGCAAGGAGCUGAAGCCGGAGGAGCUGAUCGAGAUCAAGACGCCGGCGGUGGUGAAGCCGAAGCCGCCGAGCGCCACCAGCAUUCCGGCGACGCUGAAGACGAUGCAGGACGAGUGGGACGCCCUGAUGAUCCACUCGUUCACACAGCGCCAGCAGCUGCAGACGACGCGCCAGGAGUUGUCCCACGCACUCUACCAGCACGAUGCCGCCUGCCGUGUGAUUGCCCGGCUCAACAAGGAGGUGGCCGCCGCUCGCGAGGCUCUGGCCACGCUGAAACCCCAGGCGGGCAUUAUCAACGCCCCCACGGCAAUUCCCCAGCCUGCGCUGGCCUCCGAGGCCGGCGGCUCGGCUGCCCAUCCCAUGGAGCAGGCGGGCAUGAGUGCCGAGGUCAUACAGAAGCUGCAGGACAAGGCCACCGUGCUGACGCAGGAGCGCAAGAAGCGCGGUCGCACCGUGCCCGAGGAUCUGGUCACAACGGAUCAGCUGAAGGGCUUCCUCACCGUCGCCUCGCAUCCCGGCCUGCACUCGGCCUCGGUGCCCGGCAUUCUGGCCCUGGACAUCAACAGUGCGGAUCACAGCAAGAUUCUGACCGGCGGCAAUGACAAGAACGCCACCGUUUUCAACAAGGACACCGAGCAGAUGGUGGCCAUCCUGAAGGGGCACACCAAGAAGAUCACCAAAGUCAUCUAUCACCCGAAUGAGGACACUGUAAUCACCGGCUCGCCCGACAUGAACAUCCGCAUCUGGCAUGUGCCCACUUCGCAGACCCAGCUGCUCCUGCGCUGCCACGAGGGACCCGUGACCGGGCUGUCGCUGCAUCCCACCGGCGACUAUCUGCUGUCCACGUCGUCCGACAAGCACUGGGCCUUCUCCGACAUUCGCACCGGUCGCCUGCUCACCAAGGUCAUCGACACCGCCGAGGUUGGCCUGACGACGGCGCAAUUCCAUCCCGACGGCCUGAUCUUUGGCACCGGCACCGUGGACUCGCAGGUCAAGAUCUGGGAUCUCAAGGAGCAGAGCAACGUGGCCAACUUCCCCGGCCACACCGGUCCCAUUUCGGCCAUCUCGUUCUCGGAGAACGGCUACUACCUGGCCACCGCCGCCGAUGACGCCUGUGUGAAGCUGUGGGAUCUGCGGAAGCUGAAGAACUUCAAGACGAUCCAACUGGAUGACGGCUACGAGGUGAAGGAUCUGUGCUUCGACCAGAGCGGAACCUAUUUGGCCAUUGCCGGCAGCGAUGUCAGGGUUUACCUGUGCAAACAGUGGCAGGAACUGAAGGUAUUCAACGACCACACGGCCCUGGCAACGGGUGUGCGAUUCGGAAAGCAUGCCCAGUAUCUCGCCUCCACCAGCAUGGAUCGCACCCUGAAGCUAUACGCCAUCGAAUAAGCACUUGCAGAGUCCACAUAUUUAGUAACUAAGUCCAGAUAAUUUUCUAAUACAAUUAUAUCCAACUGAUUGUGUGUUUUCUUGAACAAAUCUUGCAGAAAAAUAAACCUGACCCUCUAUCCAAA